GCAUUCAGAAGACUUGCUCUCUGGGCUACAUGCGGAGGACGCAGUUUCUCAGUCUCCGCCCAGGGGAAAGUCCCCGGACUCGUGGCAGAAAGUGCUCUGGAUAGUUCCAGUGUUGGUCGGUGCUCGUACCGUCAUUCAGCGGAGAUGUUCAUUGAGUUGAACUGAGCUGGGUAAUCACCGACCAACUUUGUCAGCUGAUCGUAGUCAUGCAAGGCUGCUGGGUCUCCAUUUUCCCUGUGGUGUCACCUUUCUGCACGACAGAGGGAGAACAAAGACACCCGUUUUUCCCCGUCAACUCCACCAGAGGGAGCACGAGGCCCGGAGCAUCCUCAUUAACGCAGUCUGACAUGAACACAGACGCACUAACAGACAUACGUUACGGCACUGGAUUAGGCUGCAACAAAAAGAUUAAAGCGUCACAUGGUAGCCCCUCCAAAUGGUGCCUGCCGGUAACCUAGUUCCCUCUCUGAGAGAUAUCCCAUCAUUCAUGUGGAGUGGGCGUAGGCUCCCGCAGCAGCAGCAUCACAAAGGUUGGGCUCCUCCCUGCUGUAUCCUGGAGAGAUAGAAGGAGGGAGGGUGGGGGCGCCGGAGAGAGGAUCAGGGUCAGAUGAAUUCCAGACUGAGUGACGGAGGCAGCGUUUGCAAAUGAAGAGGAGAGAGUGGGCGCAUGUGUUUGAGAGAGAACAAAUCAGUUAGGGUUUGAAAGAGAGAGAAGAGGAAAUUCAGACAGGAGGAGGAAGGGAACAUAAAGGCAGGAAGGACAAGGGGCAGCAGGAGAAAAAAAAAAAGGAGGAAGACAAGAGGAUCCAGAUUAAGACUGAAGAUGGCUGAGCCGGAGCUGAAAUCACGGAGCAGCCGGGAGAGCGUUGCCAAGGCGGCAAGCCAGGAGAAGAUGGGAGCGGCUGAAGCAGACCCGGAUCAGGACGGUCUGAUCGUGGAGCGUCCCACGUCCCCGUCCACCCCCAUGGUCCCGGCUCCGUCAGCCUCCACCCCCACCGACGGAGCCCCCGCCAAAGGGGAGAAGAUCGAACUCAAACGCAGCAUCACCCUCUUCAACGGCGUGGCGAUGAUCAUUGGCACCAUCAUCGGCUCAGGGAUUUUCGUGACUCCCACUGGCGUUGUCAAGGAGACCGGCUCGGCGGGGCUCUCCCUGGUCGUCUGGUCAGUGUGCGGGGUCAUAUCCACCAUGGGCGCCUUGUGCUACGCUGAGCUGGGCACCACCAUCGCCAAGUCGGGCGGAGACUACACAUACAUCCUGGAGGUGUACGGCGAGCUGGCAGCCUUUCUGAAACUGUGGGUGGAGAUGCUCAUCAUCAGGCCGUCGUCGCAGUACGUGGUGUCGCUGGUGUUUGCUACCUACCUUCUGAAACCGCUCUACCCGAGCUGCGCUGUUCCGGACAGCGCCGCCAAGCUCAUCGCCUGCCUCUGCCUUACCUCACUGACCUUUGUAAACUGUAUCAGCGUAAGAGCAGCCACGAAAGUCCAGGACCUGUUCACUGCCUCCAAGCUGCUCGCCCUCAUCAUCAUCAUCCUCUUCGGGUUCAUCCAGAUUUUCACUGGUGAUGUUCCAUAUCUGACUCUAGAAAAGUCAUUUGAGGGCAGCAAAUGGGGAGUGGACCACAUUGUCCUGGCUCUGUACAGUGGUCUCUUUGCUUUUGGAGGCUGGAACUACCUGAACUACGUAACCGAAGAGAUGAUCAAUCCAGAGAGGAAUCUGCCUCUGGCUAUCAUCAUCUCCAUGCCGAUAGUAACUGUGGUCUACGUUCUCACCAACCUGGCCUACUUCACCACCAUCAGUCCUCAAGCCAUGGUUGAGUCGGAGGCCGUUGCCGUGAGUUUUGGAGAGUACCAUCUCGGUGUCAUGUCCUGGCUCAUUCCAGUUUUUGUCGGACUUUCCUGCUUCGGAGCCGUUAAUGGAUCCCUCUUCACCUCAGCACGGUUGUUUUAUGCCGGAGCCAGAGAAGGUCAACUCCCUGCUGCUCUGGGAUUGGUUCACACGGAUCUCUUCACACCAGUGCCGUCCCUCAUAUUCACAUGUUUCCUGUCCAUGAUGUACGCCAUCUCUCAGGACAUCUUCUCCGUCAUCAACCUGUUCAGUUUCUUCACGUGGUUGUGCGUCGGCAUGGCCAUCGCGGGCCUGGUUUGGCUGCGGAUCACCAAACCGGAUCUCCGACGGCCCAUUAAGGUGUAUCUGUUCGUCCCUGUGAUUUUUGUUUUGGGCUGCGUCUUCAUGAUCGUGGUGUCCUUCUGGGCCGCUCCCUUCGAGUGCCUCGUGGGCAGCAGCAUUAUUCUCACAGGUAUCCCAGCGUACCUGUUGGGCUACAAGUGGAAGAAACCUCAUGUGGUCAAGAAGAUGCUGGAAAUCUUCACCAUGUUCUGUCAGAAGAUCUUCAUGUCUGUUCCUGAGGAGAAGGAGCAACACAAGGCGGCUGAGUAACGCUGGGCAACAUGAAGGACUCAUUGUUUUCACCUGAACAUUUCUACAUUUAUGACAUGUUUACAUUUAGUCGCUAUUUCCUUGUGGUUUGGUUACAACUGUUUUCAUCCUUUAUUGAACCAGGCAGGUGGUUGUGGCCUGGGGAUGGAGUCAGAGGAGGGUUUACAUGAAUGUAUGCCUUUGUAUCUUAGACUGUAUAUGAAGACGGACACCUC